UGCCGAGCAAAGGCAGCGACCGACUUCGGUCCUGUGACAACAGGUGACGCCGUCCGUUUCCCGGACUCGGUCCAACGGGACGCAUUCGGUUUGAGGCGCCCCUGCUCUUUUCUGGCCAACCGGUCGAACCGGAGCCUUGGACGGUGAAGUGGCCAUGGUGAUACAGCCGUGACUUCCGCCAGUUGAAGUCCUGCUUUGCCUCGACGGGCCUUCGCCAGACUCAGGUUGCAGCGUCAUCUAGCGCCGACUUCGUGGGGGAAGCCGUUACCUUUACCCCUGCCGUGUUUAUAGGCUGUGGCCGUGGAACUGUCGGCGCGUAGGAGUGACGUCUCUGUGUGUGUGUGAAGCUCCAGAUCGAGUGUAGUCACGACCGUGCGACGGAGGAGACGGACGGAAGCGGCAGGUACUGGGACGCAGCUCUAAAUGUCUCGCUUCCCGUUGUCCGUGUGCCGCUGGUUUUUCUCCCGGCAUGGAAAGGCAGAAAGUGUGUGUGACCUGAAGUGGAUGUGAAUUCAGCAGCAUGAGUCGGUGUGAGGACAAAGAGGACAGAGAGGACAGAGUCCCUGCCUCUAAAACCAGUCUGUGUGGGGAACAUGAGAGCCAGACCAGGGCUCAGAGCCCAGAGCAGCAGCAGAGGCCAGACUCUGCUGCUCCUGGACCCGGACCUGAACCCAGCUGUGUGUCCAUGAAGAGGGACCCGUCAAUGAAACAUCUUCUUCCGUUCAGAAAAUCUGCCGAUGGAAGCUUCCAGCAGCAGAGACCAGACUCUCCUGAACCCAGCUGUCUGUCUUUCAAGUGUGACCGGUCGAUUGACUUUGACAUCAACUUUAAAGGACGAUGUCCAUCAGCUGAUCAGAUAGUCGACAAGGAGAGCUCAGAGGUUCCCAGUGGUCAGUCUGCCCCGCAGCAUCAGACACACCUGGACUCCAUAUUUAUGCUGCUGGAGGAGAACAUAUUCGAUUUUGUGAAGAACGAGCUGAAGAAGAUCCGGAAGGUUCUGGGUCCAGAUUACCCAGAAUGCUUAGAGAGUCAGAGGGAGGAUGAGGAGGUGUUGGAAGGUGAGGAUAAGGAGCUGAGGAGGAGCAGCAGAGAGGCAUUUCUGAAGAUCACACUGAACUUCCUGAGGGGACUGAAGCAGGAGGAGCUGGCUGACUCUCUGCAGAGCAAAACUACAGUUCCUCGACAUAAACUCAAAUCUAAGCUGAAGGAGAAGUUCCAGUGUGUGUUUGAGGGGGUCUCUAAAGCUGGAAACCCAACUCUUCUGAAUCAGAUCUACACGGAGCUCUACAUCACAGAGGGAGGGACUGGAGGGGUCAAUGAAGAACAUGAAGUCAGGCAGAUUGAAACAGCAUCCAGGAAACCAGCCAGACCGGAGACAACAAUCAGACAGGAAGACAUCUUUAAACCCUUACCUGGAAGAGAUGUACCGAUCAGAACAGUGGUGACGAAGGGAGUGGCCGGCAUUGGGAAAACAGUCCUAACACAGAAGUUCACUCUGGACUGGGCUGAAGACAAAGCCAACCAGGACAUACAGUUCACGUUUCCGUUCACCUUCAGAGAGCUGAAUGUGCUGAAAGAGAAAAAGUUCAGCUUGGUGGAACUGGUUCAUUAUUUCUUCACUGAAACCAAAGAGGUAGAAAACCACCGGUUUGACACGUCCCAGGUUGCGUUCAUCUUUGACGGUCUGGACGAGUGUCGACUUCCUCUGGACUUCCACAACGCCGAGAUCCUGACUGAUGUCACAGAGCCCACCUCAGUGGACGUGCUGCUGACGAACCUCAUCAGGGGGAAUCUGCUUCCCUCCGCUCGCCUCUGGAUAACCACGCGACCUGCAGCGGCCAAUCAGAUCCCUCCCGAGUGUGUCGACAUGGUGACAGAGGUCAGAGGGUUCACUGACCCACAGAAGGUGGAGUACUUCAGGAAGAGAUUCAGAGAUGAGGAGCAGGCCAGCAGGAUCAUCUCCCACAUCAAGACAUCCCGAAGCCUCCACAUCAUGUGCCACAUCCCGGUCUUCUGCUGGAUCACCGCUACAGUUCUGGAGGAUAUGCUGAAUACCGGGGACGGAGGAGGGCUGCCCAAGACCCUGACUGAGAUGUACAUCCACUUCCUGGUGGUUCAGUCCAAACUGAAGAAGGUCAAGUAUGAUGGAGGAGCGGAGACAGAUCCACACUGGAGUCCAGAGAGCAGGGAGAUGAUUGAGUCUCUGGGAAAACUGGCUUUUGAGCAGCUGCUGAAAGGAAACCUGAUCUUCUACGAACCAGACCUGACAGAGUGUGGCAUCGAUAUCAGAGCAGCCUCAGUUUACUCAGGAGUGUUCACACAGAUCUUCAUAGAGGAGAGAGGGCUGUACCAGGACAAGGUCUUCUGCUUCGUCCAUCUGAGUGUUCAGGAGUUUCUGGCUGCUCUUCAUGUCCAUCUGACCUUCAUCAACUCUGGAGUCAAUCUGCUGUCAGACAAGAAAUCGACCCCCCAGACGUCUGAAACGCUAACACACAAGUCCGAAUUCUUCUACCAGAGCGCUGUGGACGAGGCCCUACAGAGUCCAAAUGGACACCUGGACUUGUUCCUCCGCUUCUUCCUGGGUCUUUCGCAGCAGACCAAUCAGACUCUCCUACGAGGCCUGCUGCCACAGACAGGAAGUGGCUCACUGACCAAUCAGGAAACAGUCCGGUACAUCAAGAAGAAGAUCAAAGAGACUCCUUCUGCAGAGAAAAGCAUCAAUCUGUUCCACUGUCUGAAUGAACUGAAGGAUGGUUCCCUAGUGGAUCAGAUCCAGCAGUCCCUGAGUUCAGGAAGUCUCUCCACAGAUGAACUCUCUCCUGCUCAAUGGUCAGCUCUGGGCUUCAUCUUACUGUCGUCAGAAAAAGAUCUGGACGUGUUUGACCUGAAGAAAUACUCUGCUUCCGAGGAGGCUCUUCUGAGGCUGCUGGCAGUGCUUAGAGUCUCUAACAAAGCUCUACUGAAUGGCUGUGGCCUCUCAGAGGGAAGCUGCGGAGCUCUGUCCUCAGUCCUCAGCUCCCAGUCCUCUAGUCUGAGAGAGCUGGACCUGAGUAACAACGACCUGCGGGACUCAGGAGUGAAGCUGCUGUGUGCUGGACUGGAGAGUCCACACUGUACCCUGGAGACUCUCAGACUGAAUGGCUGUGGCCUCUCAGAGGGAAGCUGCGGAGCUCUGUCCUCAGUCCUCAGCUCCCAGUCCUCUAGUCUGAGAGAGCUGGACCUGAGUAACAACGACCUGCGGGACUCAGGAGUGAAGCUGCUGUGUGCUGGACUGGAGAGUCCACACUGUACCCUGGAGACUCUCAGUCUGUCAGGGUGUCUGGUCACAGAGGACGGCUGUGCUUCUCUGGCCUCAGCUCUGAGCUCCAACCCCUCCCAUCUGAGAGAGCUGGACCUGAGCUACAAUCGUCCAGGAGGCUCGGGACUGAAGCUGCUGUCUGCCGGACUGGAGGAUCCACGCUGGAGACUGGACACCCUCAGGGUGGAGCCUGGUGGAGUGCGAUGGUUGACACCAGGUCUGAGGAAGUAUUUGUGUGAACUCGCACUCGACACAGACACAGUAAACGGAUUCCUCAAACUGUCCGACAACAACAGGACGGUGACACAUGUGGAGGAGGAUCAGUCGUAUCCUGACCAUCCAGAGAGAUUUGACUUCUGGACUCAGCUGCUGUGUAGAAAUGGUCUGACUGGUCGCUGUUACUGGGAGGUGGAGUGGAGAGGAAGGCUCGAUAUAUCAGUCAGUUACAGAGGAAUCAGUAGGAAAGGAGACAGCGAUGACUAUUGGUUUGGAAGGAACGAUCAGUCCUGGAGUCUGAGAUGCUCCGAUGAUCACGGUUACUCUGUCUAUCACAAGAACAUAAGAACAUCUGUCUCCUCCUCGUCUUCGGUCUCUCACAGAGUAGCCGUGUAUGUGGACUGUGCUGCCGGCACUCUGUCCUUCUACGGAGUCUCCUCUGACACAUUGAUCCACCUCCGCACCUUCAACACCACAUUCACCGAACCGCUUUAUCCUGGAUUUGGGUUCUGGUUCCGCUCUGGUUCCUCGGUGUCUCUGUGUCCAGUGUAGCAGAGAGACAACUGGAAACCCGGAGUUUUUCCACACAACUGGAAAAGAGUAUAUGAUGAAGAAGGUGUUCACAAAGCAUCGGAAGCAUUUCUAAAAUAUUUACAUCAUUAAAUGACAAAAACUGUCCAAUCAAACAAAAUAAUACAGAUGGACUGUGGAUUGUAAAGGGGAAAAUGCCUGCAAAAAAAAAAA